UUGACAGGGAUUUGAGUGGAGAAGAAAUGGGGAGCCGGAAUGGAAGUGACGAUGGAAAUGAGAAUGUGAAUGAGGAUGGGUAUGGGAAUGGGAGUGAGAACGAGAAUGAAACUGAGUAUGAGGAUGAAGAUGAAAAUGAGGAUAGGAAGAGAGAAGUAGAAGAGAACGAUGAUGAAGAUGGUGGAGUGGGAGAGAAUAAGAGUGGAAAUGAGACUGAAAAUGUCAGUGAAGUAAAUAAUGGUAGCGGUGAGAUGGAUAAGAAGAACGGGUAUGGUGGUGGUAUUCGAAAGUAUCAGUAUCCAGUGAGGCCUAAAGCUGAAGAUUGCUCAUUUUACCUCAAGGCUGGAACGUGUAAGUUUGGAUCCAAUUGCAAGUUUAAUCACCCAGUUAGAAAAAAGAAGCAAUCAGGGUGCUAAGGAGAAAGUAAAAGAAAGGGAAGAGUCCACAGAAAAUCCUGGGCAAUCAGAAUGCAAGGUUUUUAUAAGUACAACAAUUCUAGAUAUUAUAAUUCAU